AUGUCCCAACCCAAGCAACGUCACCAGACAGAGAGGGGCGACAAAAACAAUUUCUUUGGGGUAAGGGCGAGCCAAACUCGAGGUCUCAGCCAGCAAGGCGAGACCCAAGAUGGCGGCGACGAAGAACAGAUCUCUCCCCAGGAAACAGUGGCUGCCGACCUACCAGUCAUGCAGGGGAUCCCUCAGGCGAUCCCUCAAGCUCCAGCUCAUGUUUCAGAGCGCUCUACAAAUCAUCCGCUCCGACUUUAA